UACUGUACCAGUAUUAUAAUAUCUGCUAAUUCCGUGUAAUUCAGUAAUUCAACCCGGCAAAAGUUUUUGUAUGAAUGUGGUAACAUAUCGAUAUUUACAGGGAUUGCAUCAUCUUCAAAGCUGUCCAAGAAUAAAAUGCCACGGGAGCUUAUCCAGUUUAACCUGCAUGGUGGAUGACCGACUGUCGCUUCAGUUAGUGGGAAUAGGUUCCCGUGAUUUACGGAGAAUUGUUAUCAGUGCUCUGCUAUCAAAACAUGGGAAGUCACAUGACCAUGUAGCACCCCAGUCGGUAUUUGAUUUAUGGCUGGCUCCAGAACUUUUACUUAAUCCGCUGGCGGUCUCCACCGAGUCUGGUGAUAUGUUCAGCCUAGCUAUUGUGAUUGGUGAAAUUUGGAGCAACCAGUAUCCCCUCAAAGUGCCCCUCCGAAAACCUCUAGCGCUGCAAGAAGCCUUAUGGAACCUGAUUCCGACACCUGGAGGCAGCUGGCCUUCACGAAUAUCUGUCAAGCGACCGGAAGUGCCUCCUCAACUGCAUUCCGCCCUUUCUGCCUGCUUGAAUACCGAUCCGAAUAAACGGCCUACUCUGAAAGAUUUCAUAACGUUGAUGAUGGACCGCUAUCCACGCGAGAACAUAAUGGACAAUCUGUUUCGCCGGCUGGAAUCAUAUGCGACGGAAUUAGAAAUUCGCAUGCAGGAGCGUACAGCUGAACUACAGGAAGAAAAAGCCAAAACUGAUGAAAUCCUCUCCUUGCUAAUGCCAAGCUCAGUUGCCAAACUGCUUCGGAAUCAUCAAAUAGUGCAUCCAGAAAUGUUUGAGUCGGCGACCGUGCUCUUCAGUAAAAUUCCCAACUUUCUGAUUAUAUGCAGCACAUGGCCCGGCAUUCACAUUAUUCAAAUUUUGACAACCUUGUAUCGAAUUCUGGAUGACCUUAUUUAUGCGCACGAAGUUUACAAAGUCGAGGCUAUUACUGAUAGCUACAUGGUCGCCAGUGGAAUACCACAGCGAAUAGGUACGCGCCAUGCACUGGAAGCGUCACUUUUGGCAAUCAGCUUUCUGGAUGGUUGUAAUGCAGAGCUUGGCAGUUCAGCCGAAAUACCACAAAAACUGCAAUUACAAAUUGGCAUACAUUCCGGACCCUGUGCGGCUGGUAUUAUUGGACACCGGCUCCCGAGAUAUUGUCUGUUUGGUGAUACCGUGAACACUGCAAGCCGCAUGCAGACUUACGGCGAAGUAAACAAAAUACACAUUGGGCAACAAACAAAAGACCUACUGGAUGACUACCCGUGCAGUAAUUUUGACAUCGUGGAAAGGGGAAUUCUUAAUAUUAAGGGAAAAGGAGAAGUGGAUACAUUCUGGCUGAUACCAACCAUAAAAAUUUAAAAAUCUUUGGCCAUUGUUAAAGAGUCGUAUUUAAUUGGAACCUGAGUUCCUUUUUUAUACAAUUAACGCUCGCAGUUAUUGAUGGAGCUUGAUAAAAUUUAAGCGCGUAUAUAUGGCACAAAAAUGAUUUUAUUAA